CUAUUAACUCGUUGCCUGUUCUAGGAUCCGCAGAGUGACACGAACAAGAAGAGUGAUAUCGGUAUUGUUGCUGGCGAAGUGUUAGAGGCGAUCGUUGGAGACCAGGGUUCGGUAAUAUCCUCUGACAACAUGUGGGACGAUUAUCAGGACCACUAUUCCGAACAUUAUCUCGAUCACUAUUCCGAGAAGGAGAUGGAUGACGACACGGUGCGAAGGUUGCUCAACUUUGGGGAUGAUUAUCGAUCGUUUAUUGGGUCAACAUCCGACACAUCAUCGUUGUCAGGACUCCGUGUGCGUGGAGGCGGUCAUAAGAAGGGCCACACCGAUGACCGAAGGUACAGAGGUGCAGGACGCGACAGCGAGCUCGAUUCUGAGCAGGAACAGAUGCAGCAGCUAAACAGUCUUGGCCAUGAUGAAAGCAACAGUAACAACAUUAGUUGCGACAACAAAAUGGACAUCGACGCUGUUACCGCUGUUAGUCGCGACCAUACCCAUGCCCAUACAGUACCUGCGUUACUGACUAGCUCGGGCCAGAUCGGACUCGACGUCGGAUUGAAAAACUUGGAAAAUUCUACACAGGUCGCUGAAGUACUCAACCGAAGCGAUCGCGAUUUGGCGUUCGUUACUAACGCACUCAAUAAGGAUCUUCUGUCCAAGGACGCGAUGACCGCUAACCAAUUUAAUGAAAUGAUUGCAAAAUGCCGGUCCAAUAUUCAGUGCCUUCAGAUAAUUAAGAUCAAUAUCUCAAUCGGACCUGAUCAACCAAGUAGCUGUAGUUUGUCAGGCAAUACAACUAUUAGCGGGGUAUACGGGCCAGGUAAUCUUGCUCCUUCUACGGAACAGCUUAUUCGCCAACUGAUGGAACGUUGGAAUAUGCUGCUACUAGAUAUCCAGUCCCGUGGAGCAACAAACCCCAACGAAGAAUCCCGAUCCCCUGUCCUGGCCAAUGGUGCCGGUGCUAACAAUGUUAGUAACCAGUGCGCGCCGUUAAUAUGCACGCCAUUCAGGCGAACAUUCGACGAUGAAUCGGUUCGUGAGGACAUCGUCAAGCUUCGUGAAGAGAUGCUACAGAUGGAGUGUAUGCAAAGAGAACUCGAAGACGAAAGCGUCAAUCUUCAAAGGCUCAACGUGAAUAAGCUCGAUGAACGGAUCGCAGUCCUUAAGAGAAAUUUGUCGACUCUUCAUGAGCUCAAACGUUCACUGUUAAAUGUGAAGGUAAAAGUUCACCGCCUGGCUGCCAGUAACUCUGACCGCGUUUGUUCCCUCACGCAGGACGUUCGCGACCUUUACAACACAUGGGACACACUGUACGAAAGCACUAAGCACCAGUUGAUGAAUCUACAGCAAAGCAAAAAUUUCCUCCAGGACCCCAACAGGCGAAACAAUUACCUUAGCGAGGCGUUUCACCGUCAGAAAGUGACAGCCGAAGCAGAGUUGGAUGGACACCAUCAGGUUACUGAUACGUCGGAAAACGCUAUUGACAUCAGCGAGAUCAUUAAGAUCUCGACACAGAUGAAAGAUAGUAUGGGCGGUGCCACCGUUGCCGACCUCCCGUUGACGUCCCUGCAGCCCAGAAAUGGCAUUUGUCCAGCGUCAGCAACCUUGUUGCAGUUCAAGGUAAAUGAUGACGACUACGAUUCGAAUUAUGAAAGCGAAGAUGAUUCGCCAACCAUUUGCUCCGAUAGCGAAGGUAACAAAAGUAUUUGGAGGAUCUUCAAGGCAGCUCUUCCCUUUCAGGUGGCAUUGGUGAUGCUGUACUGCGUAGCGUGCUUUAUGGAACCACGCUGCUGCGACGUAACGAACACGCUCAACUCAUUUGGGCCUCAACUCCGCUACGAGCAGGGACCUCCACCAGUAUAGACUAACCACUACGGACAUGAUGUUUAGGAUCUACAAGAGAAACUUCGUCCCUGUCUCGGUAGGAAGUAUCAUUGGGGCGCUGAUGAGCGCUAUUGGUUAUCUAUUGGUUCACCACGGUGCUAGGCCUCGAGAUAAAAAAAUAACCAAGUGAUUCCACAUUACGGUCGACGCACAUAGAAUUUGUUUUACUUGGUGUCAAAGACACACGAAUUUUACAGUCAUCACGGCGAAUCCCCAUCAGAUUCCCUACGCUUUCGUAUGCCAUUGAUCGAACCUAUAAACCCGGUGCAAAGGCCGCUCCUGUGCGGAAUAUAACGCUCGAUACGACUUUGGCAUAUUACAGACGAACAUUACCUAGCAAACAUACAGGUGCAUCGUGCCUGUUCACUAAGAGUAACCCGUGUGUGGCCGACUUCAACCAUGAAAGGAUACUUAAUGUAAAUAUUAUGAUAUUAACAGUAGAUUCCGGUAGUCGUGUUUUGCUAGCAGUAGAAAAAAAACAAACCAGAUCUGAUGGUGCUCUUUUAGAGCGGUGGAAUUAAAAUCCUCCAAAAAAAUAGAUGUUAUUCCGGAGGCACUGGACGAUAAGAAAUCGUAUUUAAGGACAAAAAAAAGAUAUAAAAGAGAAAAAACGAAACAAAAAUACCAAAGUCAAACGAGCACCUAGCGACUUAUCAACGCUGGUUUUGGCAAUGGUUAUGUCCUAGUGGUCAGAAACGUAGGGUCUGAAUGAAAUAAAAAAAAUAAUGUUCAGAUUAUAACAAUUAGAAGGACGUACAGCCGAGAUAAAAUGACACAACGCUACGAGAAAAGAAACAAAAAACAUGUCUAUCAUGUACUUUUCCGGCAUAGCUAAUACAUGGUAAUUGUUAGGAAAUUCCAUGCAAAACAAAGCACAAACGUAGUUAGAUGGCCAUAUCGGCAGCGAGAACAAGAUGAUCGUGCAGAUAAAUAUUAUAUCUAUAUGCAUCUAUAUACAUUAACUAUUCAUUUACAUGCUGAAUCAUAGAUCGACAGGACUCAUUUGACCCAAAGCUGUUCAUCAAGGGUUUAGUUGAGCCUGAAUUGUCGCGUUAAGGGAACACUGUACCUUCCUUUUACGCACUGAUUUCACGUAAACAGGGCCUUUUUUUAUAACAUAUACUAUUAAUACUAUGAUAGUGUUGACCUGAGAUCGACAACUAUACGAAAAGUAUAGUUACUGCAUGCUAUACUCUGAACCGCAAUCCUGAUUUUCAAUAUCGGACAAUAACAAAAGCAGGACGGCAGUUUGAAACAUUGUUAAAGGAAUGAAAAGCACUUUGCUUUGUAAAACUGAAUCGUUGGCAAAAUUUAGAUACCAAAAUUAGAUCAUAAGGUAAAGCGCGUUAAUGUGUGCUUGUGUAAGCAAUAAUUUAGGGAGUUUUGCCUACGAAAAAAUAGAUAAUAUUGAUUAUUGAUACAAAAAGAUAGAAACGGACUAUUCCACGAAGAAUAUCGGUUUUUAUGGAAGAAAAACGAUUUAUUCAAUGUUUCUUUAACCAAAGUUUGUGUUUUGUUUGUUAACGUCACAGCAAUGAUGCCUUGUUAUUCGACGGCUAGGCAAACUCGUGAAAGAAAGUAAUCAUGUUUUGGCAAUUCCGCCCACGCGGCAAGCGCCAAUGCUACUUGGUUGAUUUGUUAGACACUUUUGAUCUCGGUCAUUUGAACGUGCGCACGCUCUGUAUUUUCUAAUUGCCACAAGGGCGAUCGGCGCCGACGACGUCUGCAAACAUGUUUUAUGUUGUUGUGUCAGAAUAAUUUACCAAGUAAUGUACCUCUGUGGCGUAUCUCAUAAAAAAACGUGAAUUGCUAGAAAAGAGCAAAACAUUAGGCUAUUGAAUAAAAGGAAACAUUAUUUAUACAUACAGUAAUGACGAGGUUCCUUAUAAUGGUUAUUAAUGUUCUUGCGCGUUAUAUGAGAUCGUUACAAAUAUUCAAAUAACUUUCAUACGCCUUUGGGAAUAAAAUUUAUGUUUUUCGGGACAGAGUUCUUUCAAAAGUAUUACGGGCAUGUUAUCUAUAUUAUGCAACAAUAUUACUUUUAGACUUAUAGACGCUACGGUUGUACAUUACUACUUAAUUUUGAUUUACGAGGUUAGACUAUAAUAUGAUUAAUUUGAUCACUAAAGGACAUAAAUCUUAUACUCGAAAAUAUGGCUUUUUUAAUAUUUGCAGUGAUAGAACUAUACGAAUGAAUACACUCUUAGCACCGCAGUGAAGACUACAAUAUAGUUAUUGAUUUAUCAGUAAUAGCCUGUAAAUAGUAAAUAGUAUAACGGAGGCUUCAUUCUAUCAAUAGACAAUUGUAUCUUUCAUUAUUCUUCAUCAUUAUCAAUAAUAAUAAUAAUAUUAUAAGUUAUCAACGUACUACGGAACACCAUAGGCAUACUAAAGAUGAAUGCCGAAACGUACGACCUGUUGUUAGUUUAGAUUUAAAUCAAUCUAUUACCUGAAUCUUUAAGCAAGUAGCUGGCCCUACGAUGUGUAAAACUAAUCGAACGCAUGCAAUACAAAAUAUGCGCGGAAAUACCGGUUUAAUUUUAUAAGUAGAAGAAAAGCUUCAAGCUACCAUAUAACUAGAUAAUAUUCCCACUGGGGUUUGUCGACAAAACGAGAGUCAAUCAAGCAAAAAAAAAAUUCAGGUUUGGUAUGCUUGCUUCGUUUAUUUUAUUACUUAUGGCUGAAACUGCAGGAAUGGAAUUGCUUGUUGUCAGUUUAUAUUAUUAUUAGAAGAGGGCUAUAUGCAUGGUAGCGUGUUUGGUGCGUGCCAGCGUUUGUAUGUGAGAAAUCCUUGACGUUGCCUUGUCUCAAUUGUCCAGGUAACGUCCUGAUGCACUGUGACAGUGAGUAAAAGCGUGACAAAAAAACUAAUACAAAAGGGACCCCAGCGUGAAUAAGACAAGUCUUGAGCAUCACAUGCUAUUCAAAUAAGAAACAUUUUCUUUCGUCUUGCAGAACACCAAGUAGUAGGAAACUAACAAUAAUGGCAGUAUUGAUUGCAAAGCAAAUCGCAUGUUCAUGAAAUCUUUCGGCGAGAGCAGUCUAGAGUAUAGAUAUAUAUAUUUAGAUAAUUUUCAUAAAAUUAUGUCACAUACGUACACUGACUCACAUAAAUGACAUACCGACGACGUUAUGGUAUUAAGUAUGAAAAGAGGAAAGAUUUUUAUAGUGAUUCUACAUCAUGUUACCUUUGACGGUGAUGGUAAAUUUAUUGUUCACUCAUUUUGUUGGUGAUGUUGGCUUUCCAAAAGGGAUUUCAACAAAAUUUUUGACCAGAUAGUUCACUCCAACGAUAAGUAAUGUAUGACAUAGAUAAACAGAUGCUAAGUGAAGAAGAGAGUCACGUGUGACUAAUAUAUAUAUAUAUAUACAUAUAUAUAUAUAUAUAUGCAGAGGCUGAUGGACAGUGUUUGGACUACGAAAUAGAGAUCCUUAGGGUGGUGACAAAAAUUACAGUUUAUAUAAAAUAUCUUGUAUAUAAAAUGAAUGUUUUUGUACGCAGAGAAAAUAUUGACUAAUAGAAAAAGGAAGUAAUUGUGGAUAAUGAUGAUAAAAAUAAAAGGUACAUAUGAGAAAGUGGUGUGGCGACGUCGAAAAAUACUAGUGAAAAACAGAAACACUUCGAAGUGGUGGCUGAUGAAAGCUGACUAUUAUUAGGAUUAAUAUAAUUUUAUACAUCAUGUUUAAUAAAGAAAACGACAUCCAAUUUUAA